CGGAGUCUCCAAGAGCGCAGCAGGAACGACUGGAAUAUUCAAGAAGAAACGCGUUUUCCAGCAGAGAUUCGAGCUGAUUCUGUUUCUCUGAAGGAGAAAAAAAACGACUUUUCUGCUGCUGGUUUAUGAUGACAGAUCUGUGGAGGUGUUUGACUCUCGAUGAAAACAUCAGAUGAUUCUUCGGACUGAACCCAGAUGUGAUUCUGGUUUCGUCGUAGCGUCGCUCAGGAACAUCAGACCUCCGUCAUAAUGUCAGCUGACCUCUGACCCUUCAGCAUGGACGUCCGUCUCCACGGCAACUCUCAGCUCCACUAUGGAGUCAACGGAGGCCAAAGCUCCAGACCAGGAGAGGAUGAAUCUCUGCAGUCUCUGAGUCCGGAGGAGCAGGAAUGUCUGCAGUUCUUCGAACAAACCAUCGACUCUCUGGAGGAGAGUCUGGAGGACGACGACCGGCGGCAGGCGAAGCCUCCAGAGAUCCACGAGGUUGAUGAACCCGUCGCCUCAAGUCCGAGAGCCGGAUUCACCGUGUCCCCAAACCUCAACAGACCACCGAGUCCCAAAGAGCAGGACAUCAUCGACCUGGUCCGACCAGAACCGGACCUGCUGCAGACUAGAGAGACCGUCUUCAACCCCACCAGUCCAGAUUUCAACAGCAUGAUGCUGAAUCCUGAGAGUCACUUUGAGAUAAAACCAAGACGAGAUCCGUCCGAUAGUUUGCCUUCAGAGUACAACCCUCCUCUACCGAGCGGCAGCUUUGGGUCCACAGACUCCUCGUACCAUCCUCCAGGCUGCAUCCCCACUCCGGUUCUGAUCGCCCAGAAGAUAGCCGAGAACCAGGCAGGUGGAAGUUCUUCCAACUUACUUCCCUCAACGCUGCUCCGACGUCUCAGCCUGAAGUCUGAAAAACCAGCCGACUACAGCACAGAUCCUCCAGCGAAACAGGGACCUCCUAUGUCAAUGAAGCCGACACGAUUCCCUUCCAACAUCAGCGUGAUCCUCGGCAACAAGGAGCACCAGAACCAGUCACUGGCUAACGUGAACAUCCACGAGAGACGAACCCAGAUGCUGGCAAACCUGUCGGGUACAUCCCACCCUCUGCUGCAGGAAAACUCCCAGCCGACUGAGCAGCAGAAGCCUCGAAACACUCCGACUCGCAGCAUUUCCUUCAGGGACCCGACACCAACCAAGUCCAGGAUGGAGGCGCUGUCGAAGCUGGGUCUGACCAGGAACCGAGCCCUGUCUGGGGGGAUGUCGCUGCUCGUCACCCCCGACAGCACCUCACUGGAUCCCCUCAAAGCUGCAGAGUCCAAACCUCCAGAACCGACCCCUUCUCCAACAACCAGGACACCAGAAGUCAAGACUUCAGAAGUCAAGACUCCAGAAAUUACGACUUCAGAAGUUGCAAUGCCGCCUCCGAGCCAGAUUCACGUCGACAGAAACCCAGAGGUUCUGCCGACGGAUUCCUUCAACAGCCAUGAAGAAAGAAGAAACCUCCAACCAAGUCCUUCGCCUCCUGCUGUCACACAAACCAGCUACUUCCCACCUCCUUUGGACCGUAAGCUGUCUAUCUCCCCUCCGCCUGAAGUCACCACACCGGAAUUCAACAGCUACGGAGGUAAAUCCCUCGUGGUGAAUCCUUCUUUUUCCAGGAACGAACCUCCUGCGAUGUCUCCAACCAGCCCCGAACCCAGAACCCUCCCGCCAGCGCUGUCCAACCCCACCGAGUUCAACUCCUACGGAGGAAAGUCCAAAGUCUUGACUCCGGCUCUGACAGCCGUGACCAGGACCGACCUUCCCGACAUCCUCAGCUCCCACAUCGACAACAGCCAAAGCCUUCCCGCCAAACCGGAGCCCAUCGAGCUCAACAGCUAUGGAGGAAAGAGUCGAGCCAUCAACCUGACCACCGGACCGACCCGACCUCCAGAGACCCCGGUGAAGACCUACAAAGCUCCGGCUCCGACUCCAGCUCCACGGCCUCCUCGGCACUCCUACCAUGGAGCUCUGAGUUCCCAAAAAGCAGCAUCUCGAGCUCUUUCUCCAGACCACAAACAGAGAUCCAACUCCAUGUUCCGUCCUCAAGGCAUCACUGUGCAGUUUUCUGGUCGAGGGGCGACGAACGAAUCGCGAAGGGAGGCGUUGAGGAAACUGGGGCUGCUCAAAGAUUCCUGAUGAACUUGUUGAAUCUCUGGAGUUUACCUGCUGGUGAAGGUGGGGUUGGAGAAAAACCCAAUUUUUUGACAUCGUACGAGUCAGUUCUCACUUUCUGGCCUUUAAAAACAAACAAACAGUGUAGCUGUUGCACUUCGGACACUGUUUCUAUGCUGAGUUUCCAUGGAUACCUCUGCCCAAGAUAGUCUGGAUGCUACAGAUCAUUAUCUUCUUCCUCCAGAUUUCAUCUCAGCGGACUGUGAAGAGACCAUUUAUUUUAAAGCUGAGAUUUGCUUCCUGACAAAAUUUUAGAAAACCAAAGACCUGGAGAUGUUCUACAUACGUGUCUCACAAUGUUUUCUGACUUUUUAAGGUGUAUCUCUUAAAAAACACCUCACAAAUAUGUAGUUUCAUUUGUUUAAAAGGGCUCGGGGGUUUCCUUCAAUGCGGUUCUUACAAAUAUGACUCAGAUACGAGGAAAACGUGAGCUUUCUGGGGACUAUUUUCAGCGGUGGAUGAAUACAUAACUGAAACUCUGGAGUUUUACCAAGUUGAGGGAUGGUUUAAAAUGAUGCUCUUUGCAAAGGUCAGAUUACAGGUUCUAUUGAUGUUUACUGGUAAAUUAUAUGAAUACUGUUCACUCUGCAGGACCCCGAUUUACGUGGCAGCUAAAUUGUGGUAAUUUUAUUAAUUGCAUAUUUGUUUAACUAAAUACAUAAUUUAAAGAUUUUAUCAUGUGUUUUAACCUUCUGAACCCCAACAGUGGGUUUUAGGCGUUCAGAAGGUAAAUAUCAUCACUAUUUAUCCAUAAGUGCUUAAUCAAACUGCCACAAAUUACCUGACAAAAAAUUAAAUUAUACAAAAAGAAUUAUAAUUGUAAACACUGUUCGUAUAGCACGUUUAAUGUCAAUAAAUGUCCAGAACAGAAAUGUACUAAGUUGUUGGGAUUUCCCCUUGCAGGACCAAUAGAUAUUUGCAUAUAAAAUAAAUAAAAUAAGUUAUUAUGGCUACAGCUGCACAAAUUUACAGUGCAAACAGCUCAGAGAAUUAUUGCAGUUCUAAAAACAAACAUAAAACUUUGCACAAGAAUAAUUUAGGUAUAAAUAAAAGAAUAAAUGGAGUUUUUGUAUUAUAAAUUUCAUGUAAAUAUUUGCAAAAAGUAAUUAAAUAUCCAAUUAUUAGGAAAACUGUAGCCCUGAUUGAAUAGGUUCUUUCUGAAAAUAUAAAUAUUCAUAAAUUCUUUUUAGUAGCCAAACAGGGGGACACAUUAUAUUUGUUAAGGAUCGUUUCAGCAGUAGAUUUUUACAUUUUUGUGUUUUAAAUUACAAAAAAUAUCAGCAGCAGCUCCAAGUUCACACAUAUCUACGUAUAUUAUUUGUUCUAGCAGCUGUCAGGAAAGUGAAAUAAAGUUCACAAAUAGGCUAUGAAGUCUUUAUCGCCUCUGUUACACGGGAACCUUUUGUUGUUUUCUGUUUACCGACUUCUUUGGGAAUUUUCACGUGUUCGAGUGUGUUGGUUUGUUUUUCCUCUUAAAGCUUUGGGAUCAUGUUUGAAGCACUUUUCUGUGCAGCGGUUUGAUCAAAAUAACACAAAAUAUAGUGUAAAGAGCACAAAGUGAACAACUGAGGAGCCUCAGAACAAAAUCCUCUGAUGUCCUGGAAUAACGUUAGUGAAAAAAAAAAAAAAAAAGAUGCUGCGUUUCUUGGAAGUCGAGGAGCUGCAGGAUAUUUUUACUGCAAACCUCCCACACCAAACCACAGGCGUUUGCGGCAGGACUUUCACUUUAAAUCGGCUCUUUAGGGAUGGGCGAGCACAUGGCAUUGUACAAAACACAAGCACUAAAACCGCACAGUCCAGAAAUACAUUCUAUAUAUUUUUACUGCCGCCGUUGAUAACUUUGCAGCGUGUUUUUUAACUGUUUACUGUGUUUUUUAAUCUAGACUCCGGUCCUCUGUAGUUCGUCUGCAGCAACUCUGAAGUUUAUUUUGUGAAUUUUUGUUUACAGACUCCGGUUCUCUGUAGUUCAUCUACAGUCAUUUUGAAGUUUAAAGGUGCAAACAUGCAACGUAUGACUCUGUAUGAAACAUGAGGCUUAACGAGAUAAUAUUUCUGCAAAGUGUGCACACAGCAUCCGCACAGAGCAAAGGUUUAAAAGUGCUUUUAUUGUGGUAAAUGGGAAAAUCGAUGACGUGUGAAAGUUGCUGCUAUAGAUCAGCCUGGUAAACUUUCUGACUUUUGAAAUGUCCACAUUAUAUUCUGUAUAUAAUCUGUUUGGUGAUUUUUUUUGUCAUUAAUUAAACAGGAUAAUGUAAUGCCUGUGUGUUUGUUUUUCUUUCAUUAAAUGUGGAAUGUGCUAAAAA